GUUUCCAUCAAAGAAGGGUAACAGUCAAAACGGCAAGCCUAGGCCGUAGGUCUAGUCUACCCUACCUCACCUGUGUUAGGCCUAGUAGUAGCCAAAGCAACGUGAGGGCAGUGUAUGAUCAAGAAAUACGAAUGACACGAAAGUGUUACAGAAAAUGCUACAGAAAGUACAUCCACAUCAAAGAAUGUGGCUGGAAUUGUGUCAACGUGGGAGUAUAUCAAGGAUUUUGUAUUUAAUUCUGAUUUGAACUGGUGCAAUGUCGAAUGUUACUCUAACGUCUCCGAAGAAUCCAAGCUGUGUUUUUCUGCAAACAUCAGUGAAAAUAAUUGUAACAUUUCAGCAGUACGAAGCAAUUCAAAUUUUACCGAACUUAAUUGCCUUGAUUUUUUCUGUCCUGAAUUCUACAGUUUGGGUUCCUGGUACAUCUUCAUGCCUGCAAGACUAAACACAAUUUUCUCACAAGAAAAUUCACAACCUAUUAAUGAAACUUUCUUGGUGGGAAGUGCAGAGAGCCGUCAAAACCCAGUCCUUCGUUGUGCAUUACAGACGUCUGAAAAGUAUGAUUACUUUGCAAUUUAUCAAGGUGGCCAUUGCCUAGCAGCCAACGACUUCCAUAGCUAUUUUCGUCGGAAUAAGGAUGAAUAUAAUCAAGAAAUUGAGCUUUACACAUUUAAUGAAGAAAAGUUAAAUUGGUGGACACCGUGGGGUAAUUGGAGUUCUUGUAGUGCCGCAUGCGGAAAUGGAACGCAGCAGCGAUGGCGCUACUGCUUUCCGAAUAGAGUUGGCAGGAAGAAUUGCACCGAGACACAUGAUUUUGAAGAGCAAGCAUGCAACACAGAUGAAUGCCCAUGGAAUUACACUGCUUACAAGUAUUUAGGUUGCCGAAGGAUCUUCUCUGACCAAUCCCUAUUUACUGAGAGUAUGGAAGGGAAAGAUGAGGUUUUGGACUUGCCGUUGGAAGAGCGUCUGGUGACUAAAGACAAAUGUGCAUACGUCACAUGGUUGUUUAACAGGACAAUAUUUGCAAUUACUGGGAGUCCACCAAUAUGUCUGAAUUCUGAGAAUGAAGAAGUUACAUACAAUAUGUACCCUAAUUCAACGGCUGUAAGAUGUGUCCCGUACACUUUUGUUAUCUAUACUCUUAAGGAUGGCACUGUUGAUGCCCAAUGGGGCCCUUGGCUUCCAGGUGGUUUUUGCAGUCAAACUUGUGAUGGAGGAUCAGUGAGAAAAAUUAGGCCUUGUAAUAAUCCACCUGUAACUGAUGGGGCAGACUGUCCUGGAAAUUCGUACGUUGAUAUCCCCUGUGAUACGCCUCCAUGUCCAACGACCUUAGGUCCAUUAAUAAGAAAUCAUUUUACCACAGAAAACCUGUUAACUACAGAAAACCUGUUUACCACAGAAAGUCUGAAUCAGACACUCCGAGGAAGGCUUGCCUACUUAGAUGUACUCAUCACAGGUGUAGAGCCAACAUGGAAUGAUGAUGAACUUAAAAAAUACAUUAAGAAUGUUACAUCAGAAGCAAGCGAGAUUUUAGCUUUUCAUUCGAUGGAAGAUGCAGAUGUGAUCCAUGUCAUAAAGGCGAUGGAGGAUUUUGCUUCUAAAGUGAUGGCAGUAUUAGAUCCUGGAACAAACUACACCAUACACAAGGAAAAUAUUGACUUUUAUGUUGAAGUUCAUACACUGAAACCUGACAUGCGUAAAGAAGGAUUGCAAGCUACACCACAAGUUAAAUUUCUGCCAAGUAGUUUUCAACAAUUUGAAUUUGAUGCCACAGUUAACCAGUACCUGGGUGUUGCUACACUUUCAUAUAACAACAUGCAGGAAUGGAUUCAACCAACAUCACAUAAAAAUGAGUCAGAAAAUCUUACAUAUUCUGUAGUAAGCGAGAUAUUAUCAGUCUCAACUUUUCCACCGAUUGAAACUACCUUUGAUGAAGUAGACGUCGUGUUAAAAUUAAAUCAUCAUGAUAAGAAGAAUGGCAAACCACUUUGCUCUUUCAUCAAUGAGAGUAUCUCCGAUUUCUGGUCACAGGUAGGCUGUCAUAUGUUGAACUCGAGUGACCUUUACACCUACUGCGUGUGCAACCACCUGACAGCCUUUGGGGUUCUCAUGAGGGUACAUAAAGUAAAGAUUGAAGAAGUUCAUGAAAGAGCAUUGUCAUUGAUCACGUACGUGUGUUCCACCUUAUCAUUAUUUUGCUUGCUUUCUGCGUUUGCCCUGUUCACCUUACUUAGGUGAGUAUACCUCUACUUUAAGCACUGUCCAACAAAAAAUGUUGUGUGCCCAUAUAUAGUCACAAUGUGAUGUGAUCAUGACCAUUUUUAAGCAUAUCACAUGUUUUUGUAAAAUAAAUGUUGUAGUGUGGACAAGGUUAACCGACAAGGUUAUCGACCAAAUUUGUGAAUGUUUCAACACCUUGUGAAUGGAGUGGAGCUCUAGUACAAUAGCUUUGUGGGUAAAAGCCGGGCAAUCUCAGUCGUUGGUCGUCAGCCGGUGUGAUUCUUUGAAGAACGCAAUGUGCUGAAGUGCGUGUGCAACAGGUCUCGAGGUCUACAGUACUGGCAAUCAGCAGAUGUGACGUCGUGUAGAACCCAGAGGGAGCGGAGUUUGAUUCAUCUUGCGACAGUCGUACAAACGUCUUGUGCCCUGCUUAAUAUGCAAAAAAAAACAAGGUCUUGAUGUGGACAACAAACGUUCAAUCUGUAAAGUUCCAGGUUUUUUUUCACAAUUAUGAACAACU